AUGGCGGAAGAGAGAACAGUUCAACAGGCCAUCGACGAGUACAUUGCUACACUUGAGGUUCCUUUACGAGAGCUUAAUAAAAAGAUUCACGAGAAUCCGGAACUAGCAUAUGAAGAGCACCACGCUCACGACACCCUCUGCGCCUUUCUGGAAUCCUUAAAUAUUCCCGUAACUCGCCAUGCGUACGGGAUCUCGACGGCAUUCGAGGCUACAGUCGGUGACCAAGGACGCGUGACGGGCUUCCUGGCUCUGGCAUAUGCUAUCAAGAAAUUUGGCCUCCCUGGUCAAGCGCAGCUACUCGGCACUCCUGCAGAGGAAGAUGGAGGAGGAAAGAUUGAUCUGAUCACCGCCGGAGCUUACAAGAAGGUGGACUUGUCUCUAAUGAUUCAUCCCAUGUCAGAGGACGAGUUUCUUGAUCGGAUGGCCACGGGUAUAGCUGGACGCUCAUCCAUCUCUCUGUACGAUAUAAUCUGUACCUACGAAGGGGAAGGCGUCAAUGCUCUGGACGCAAUUGUGAUGGCGUAUAAUGGGAUCUCCAUGCAGCGUCAGCAGAUUCGCCCCGAUGAGAGAAUCCACGGCGCCAUCGUUCAGGCUCCGAGCAUCACGAACGCAAUCCCGGAGCUGACAAAGACCAAGUAUACCGUGCGCAGUCCGACUAUCAAAGGAACCAAGGUGCUUGGUGAACGCGUGCGGCGAUGCCUGGAGGCCGGUGCAUUGGCGACGGGAUGUAAAGUCAAGCUGAAGGAAAGCACUAUCUAUGCGGAUCUUGUGGUCAACUCUUCUCUUUGUGAAGAGUUUGCACAGAAGAUGGCCGAUCAAGGGGACCGGAUCCUGCAGAUGGAUAAUGUUCCGAUGGCGGGGUCCACUGAUCAGGGCAACGUCUCCCAUCUCGUCCCGGCACUUCAUGGACUGGUUGGCAUUCCGGUAUCUGAUGGGGCCAAAAAUCAUACACACGAGUUCACAGCAGCGGCCGGGACAGACACUGCGCAUACUCGAAUUGUGAGGGCUGGGAAAGCCAUGGCCAUGACUGGGUGGAGAUACCUCAUAGAUGACGACUUCUGCGGCAGAGUGACUCAGGAUUUCAAUAGGAGGACCGCCUUAAAUUAA